AUGUCAGAUCAACCAGUAUCUCUAAAGAGUCAAUUUGACAAGGCAGUCAAGCAACAACAACAGCUUGAAUCUGGCAAAAUCCCAUUCCGUAGCGAUGACUAUUCAAAGACAUAUAAAGAGACUCUGGCUCUGUUCAAUAGCUGUCGCAAACUGGCAGACAGAUUAGGUUUAUUCAGUCGUAACGAGUCUGCUGAAGAUAUAUCCACUAGCAGUAUCAGGUAUUUAUCAAUAGACUACCAUCUGGCAGCACUAUUAGCACGACCACCACCAGACGAGGGUCCAUUAGAUCCAAGUCGACGAUUAUCAGCCGUUAAAUCAGUUAUUCAGAGCCAUAUUGCAUUUCUUACCCAGCUCGAUGCCUACAAGAUCUUACUAAAAAGUUAUUCGUCCAAACUACAAGAUGCUCUUCAAAGCAGAGAGAACGAUGCAGACAGCCUGCCGGACUUCAGACUGCUUGAAGGAAAAGACGCUGUUGACAGAAGAGCUCAGAAAAUCGAGAUGUUUAAACUGGAAAAGUCACUAGAACAGAAAAUAGCAGCAUUCAACAAAGCACAUCCGGCCUCCGAAAACGAUACUGAAGACAGUUCAUUUGACGAUGAAACUUACCGACAAGUACAAUUCGCACAACUGGGUAUUUACGCUCUCAAGUCGUUCACUGCGCUCCAGAACUUAGCUAUGGAAGUAGAGCUUCUAAGAACGAUGCCACCACCGCCUGAUCCUAGCACCAAUCCAAGACCCCACUCGGAUGACAGAGAAGCAUCACGUUCAAAUACAGGCUAUACAACUCGUUUGGAGCAACCAGUACACCAACAACCGCUGCUAACGAAAUCUGGCAAGGUCAACCGACCAUUCACAAUAGUCUCGACCAGAGACCAAAUUGCCAAAAACGCUUUUGGCACGGGCCAGACCCUGCCAACCAUGUCUGUGGAGGAGUAUCUCGAAGAAGAAAUGAAACGAGGUGGUAUUAUCGAGGGCGGUGGCGAGCAAAGUGCUAAACAAGAAAGCGAGGACGAGGACGACAUGGAAGCUCAGGAUCGCAAAACUCUCAAAGCCCGAGAAUGGGAUGAAUUCACCGAGGCAAAUCCAAAGGGUUCAGGCAACACUAUCAAUAGAGGCUAG